UAUUCUUCAUUCCUACCACACAAAACUUUGCAUCUUACUUUCUCUAUUUCACCAAUUAACACAUACCCAAAAUACUCUCCUACAAUCAGCACAAACGUGAUGAACAUACUCAAACCUUGCAAAUACUCCUAUCACAAUAAUCAUCAUUCAUCAUUUCACUCCAUCAGUUCUAAUUUUGCAUUUAAAACGAUAAAGAAGGUUAAAUUUUAUAGUAGGCCAAAUGUUAAUAAACUUUGUACUGUUAGAGCUAGCUAUGCCGGCGGCGAAGCUCGAAACAAUGAAGAUGUAACGGAAAGGAAAAGCUUUCUUUCUCUAGAAGAGGCCGGUUUGGUGGAGAUUUCUGGUUUAAGUGUUCAUGAACGUUUCCUUUGCAGAUUAACAAUAUCAUCUUUGAAUCUAUUGAGAGUGAUAGCAGAGCAAGAAGGAUGUUCAAUAGAAGAACUAAAUGCAGGAAGAAUUUGUGAUUGGUUCUUGAAAGAUAAACUCAAAAGGGAGCAGAAUAUUGGGUCCGCUGUACUCCAAUGGGAUGAUGAUGACCCUUUUGCUGGCCAAUUUUAAUUACUUUGGUGUAUUAUUAUGGCAUUCAAUUUCAUCAAAUUAUUUAUUAAUUAAUAUGGUCUUCUUCCAUACUAAUUUGACAUGUUAGAACUUUGGCAAAGUCAUCACUCAUCAGUGAAAAAGUUACAUUACAUCCUAAAAUAGUUACUCCUUUGGGAAAAAGAACUUUUUGUAUGAUAAAUACUUCAUGUAAUAGUUAUAUUUGACUAAGGUUAUGCAUGCAUGACUUGAUAAUCA